AUGGACGUGGUUGAUGAAACAGAAGCCUUGCAGAGAUUUUUUGAAGGUCAUGAUAUCAACAGCUCCUUAGAGCCAGCCAACAUUGACACCAGUAUCCUGGAGGAGUACAUCCAGAAAGAAGACGACAGCACUGACAUCUGUUUCACGGAGGUACACAGUGCCCCCGGCCCCAGCUACUCCUCCCCUCAGGUGGGGGUGUCCUCCGGGGGGGUGGUGUGUGGUGUGAGCCCCCCCAUCCCCCUCCGUCAGGGGGCCCAGCCACCUCUGCCACCUCCCUGCCAGGGGCCCUACCCCCCUCCGCCCCCGCUGGGGCUCCUGAGGCACAGCUACACCUGCCUGGGGCCACAGCAGCAGCAGCAGCAAUCGCACGUCAAGACCGAGCACUCCGCCCACUACGCCCCCGGCACACUACCUGAGUCACCCCCAGACUCCAGCUCGGAACCCUACUCCCCCCAGCAAGUGAAUGACUCUCACCUUCUUAGGACAAUGACUCCUGAGAACAUGUGUCACAUGACCCCCCCGCCGCCCCCUCCCCCGCACCCCCACUAUCCCAGCAUGCAGCGGGACAUGUAUCUGAAGCCGGAGCCCAUCAUAUCGCAGUACCCCAUUGGCCCGACCAUGGGCGGGGGCGGGGCCACCGACAUGCAGCAGACCCAGAUGCUCCAUCAGCUGCUGCAGCACCCCCAGGGGCAAGAUGGUAUGCCGGUCCACCCGGCAAAAAAGCGGAAGCACUCAGACUCUCCCCCCAGCACUCUGAAUGCACAGAUCCUCUCUGGCAUCAUCAAACAAGAGCCAGGUUUGUUGCAGGACGCAGAAAACUCUUACCUGGACCCCAAUUACCAGUGUAUAAAAUGGCAGCCGCACCAGCAGAACAAGUGGACUCCAUUGUACGAUGUCAACUGCAAAGAGCUCCCGAUGCCCACCUACCGCGUGGACGCCGACAAGGGCUUCAACUUCUCCGUGCCGGACGACGCCUUUGUGUGUCAGAAGAAGAACCACUUCCAGGUGACGGUGUACAUCGGCAUGCUGGGGGACCCAAAGUACGUGAAGACCAGCGAGGGGUUGCAGCCCAUUGACUGCUUCUACCUCAAACUCAACGGAGUCAAGCUGGAAGCCAUGAACCAGUCCAUUAACGUGGAGCAGUCCCAGUCUGACCGCAGCAAGAGACCCUUCAAACCGGUGCUGGUGACUCUGCCCCCGGACCAGGUAACCAAGGUGACGGUGGGGCGACUGCACUUCAGCGAGACCACGGCCAACAACAUGAGGAAGAAGGGCAAGCCCAACCCAGACCAGAGGUACUUCAUGUUGGUGGUGGCUCUCCAGGCUCAGUCUCACAGUCAGAGCGUCACUGUGGCCGCUCAGGUGUCCGAGAGGAUCAUCGUCAGGGUAACCUCUGCCUCGAACCCCGGGCAGUUUGAGAGUGACAGCGAGGUGCUCUGGCAGCGGGGUCAGCUGCCAGACUCAGUGUACCACCACGGCCGAGUGGGCAUCAACACCGACCGGCCUGACGAAGCCAUGGUCAUCCACGGCAACCUGAAGGUCAUGGGCUCCCUGGUGCACCCCUCCGACAUUCGCGCCAAGGAGAACGUCCAGGAGGUCGACACCACAGACAAUUUGAAGCGGAUCUCUCAGAUGCGACUGGUGCAUUAUCAGUACAAGCCUGAGUUUGCAGCCACUGUGGGCAUUGAAAACACAGCUGAGACAGGAGUGAUUGCCCAGGAGGUGCAGCAGAUUCUCCCAGAUGCAGUGAAGGAAGGAGGUGACGUGGUGUGUGCCAAUGGGGAGACCAUCCCCAACCUGCUAGUGGUCAACAAGGACCGCAUAUUCAUGGAGAACGUGGGCGCGGUGAAGGAGCUGUGCAAGCUGACGGAUAACCUGGAGACGCGCAUCGACGAGCUGGAGCGCUGGAGCCGCAAGCUGGCCAAACUGCGCCGCCUGGACAGCAUGAAGAGCACCGUGAGCGGGGGCUCCGUCAGCCAAUCAGGAAGUCAGUUCAGCCGUACAGGAAGUGGUCCAUUGAAGAAAAGGCCAGUCAAAUCCGGGAGCAAGAGCCCCUCACCUGAGCACAACUGCAUCAGCCGCAGGUUCCUGCAGGGCACCAUCCUCGCCCUCGUCAUCGUCAUGGCCUUCAGUGUCAUCUCCAUGUCUGUCCUCUAUGUGCUGACCCUACAUCACCGUGGUGAUGUCACAGAGACAAACGGCCCCGUGUCUCUCUGCACUCUUUCACUGUCCUGGACGCCCAUCCUCACUGCCACUGUCGUCUUCUGUCCGUCUGUGUGUCCCUGGUCCCUUUCAGGAUUGGGUUCAUCUCGUAAAUCCACUUACAACCCCAGGCCUCCCACCCCGCCAGCACAAGCUGCAAGUCCGCCUUCCCCUUCCCUGCCCAAGCAAGCGGCUUGUUGCGUCUCCACAACUGCUACGAGCAACCAGUCAGACGAUAGCCAGCUCCAAACCAUCAACCAGUCCACCACAGGUGUCAGCAGUCCCGUGCCCACGCCGGGCGUCUCCAGGAAGAAAGCGAAGUCCCGCAUGGUCGAGAAGGAAGGCCGCUUUAGGAACCGGGUCAGCCACACCUCUCCCCCCGCCUACCUGACCAAGGACAAGAGAGUCCCGCCUGUGGACUUGGAGGACAUGGGCGUCAGCAACUUCCUGCCGGGGGCUCAACAGCAGCUGUCCCGCAGACAGCGCAGCGCGAGUGCUGCGGGUCAGAGCCCCACCCCCUUGCUGAUAGGCCUGCGGAUCUUGGAGACCGACCAACCAAUCAUAACACAGUAUUGUCCAUCUCCUGACAGCUGCAGGGCGGGGGUCUACAGCUACGCUGCAGCGCUCCAUAGAAACAGCACUGUUCCAUCACACAUCACUCUGCACAUGAGCUCCAACGUCAGUGUCCUGGUGUUACAGUGCAGUGUCACCAGGGGGCGCCCAUGUCACGACCACAUCGAGACCGAGAAUAGCAGCGAGGAGGUGGCCUUCACCAAGGGGACGGAGCACCUGUGGCCCGUGCCUGUGCAGUCAUUCCAGGAAAUUACUUACCACUUCCGUGUGGCUCUGUCUAGGGAAAUAAGCUGUGGGGAUGAAGGAGACAAAAGAACGGGCCCAUACUCCGAUUACCACUUCCUGUUCCAGAGCAGCUGCGAAUGAGGCCAGCGGUUUGUGUAAA